AUGUCGUCUACCCAGAUUUCAGCUGCUGCAACUUCACCACCCAAACCUGUUCGUCCCACUGCUAAUUUCCUUCCCACGAUAUGGGGGGACCAGUUCCUCAAAGAUGAUUCUGAAUUCAAGAAAAUUGAUCCCAAAACUGAAGAAGAAUAUGAAAAAUUGAAAGAAGAGGUAAAAAGGAUGAUAAUGGAUACUACAGAUCAUACGCCACUUCAGAAAUUGAACUUGAUUGAUACAACACAAAAAGUAUGUGUGGCUUAUAACUUUGAAGAAGAGAUAGAAGAUGCUUUGCAAAAAAUUUUUAAAGAUUGUGACAUCGACCAUUACAAUGAUUUGCACACUCUUUCUGUGUAUUUUCGACUUCUUCGACAACAAGGAAUAAAGGUUUCUUGUGAAGUGUUUAAAAAGUUUAAAGAUGAAAACGGGAAAUUCAAGUCAUCCUUAAUUAAUGAUGUACAAGGAAUGCUAAAUUUGUAUGAGGCAGCACACUUCGCCAUUCGUGGCGAAGAUAUUCUGGAUGAAGCCCUCGUUUUCACAACCACUCACCUUAAGUUAAUGGCAUCUCGUGUAAGCCCUGAAGUUGCAGAAGAAAUAAAUCAUGCUUUAAAAUGUCCUAUUCGUAAGAGCGUACCAAAGCUUGAGGCAAGGUUUUUCAUGUCCGUCUAUCCAAGAGAUGAGUCUCACAAUAAAACUUUACUUAAAUUUGCGAAGCUGGAUUAUAACUUACUGCAAGUGAGGCACCAGAAGCAACUCAAUGAAAUCUUACGGUGGUGGAAAACUACAGGGUUUACUAAAGAGCUGCCUUACAUUAGGGACAGAAUUGUGGAGGAAUACUUUUGGGUCUUGGGAAUGUAUAACUAUGAGCCAAAAUAUGCAUAUGGGAUAAGAAAAUUGACUGAAGUUUUCUCUAUGCAAAUCCUCUUAGAUGAUACAUUCGACUCAUAUGGUACACUUGAAGAACUCACACUCUUUACAGAAGCGAUUAGAAGAUGGGACAUUGACGCCAUAGAUACACUUCCAGACUACAUGAAAUUCAUUUACAAGACACUCUUUGAUAUUUUGGGCGCAAUUGAGGAAGAUAUGACUCGGGAAGGAAGACCAUACGGCAUAAGUUAUACAAAAAAGUUGGUGCAACGAGUGAUAGAAGCAUAUUAUACCGAAGCCGUAUGGUUCAAUAACGGUUAUGUUCCAACAUUUGAGGAAUAUAUGGAUGUUGCACUGGAAACGGCUAGCUGCCGAUUGAUAAUAUCAAUUCCCUUCAUUGCCCUGUGUGCAACGGAAGAGGAUUUUGAGUGGUUGUGCUCUGAUCAAAAGAUUAUAACAGCAGCAGAUAUUAUCAGCAGACUCUUGGAUGACAAAGCGUCACACAGGUUUGAGCAAAAGAGAGGACAUGUUCCUUCGGCUGUUGAAUGCUACAUGAAGCAACAUGGUGUUUCAGAAGACGAGGCAAUUAGGGCGAUUUUUGAGCAAGUUGCAGACGCUUGGAAAGAUUUGAAUGAGGCCAUGCUUAAACCAACUCCUAUAUCGAUGCCUCUGCUUGAACGGAUUCUCCACUAUGUUUGUACUAUGGAAUUUAUGUACAAGGAUGAUCUUGAUAUUGAUGCCUUCAGUGACUCUUCUAAAAUUAAAGGCCAAGUUGCCUCAGUGCUUAGGGACCCAAUAAUUUGAAGACCACUUCUCUUGAGCACUUUAUAUAUGGAAUAAGUCAAGUGCAUAUAUGUUUGUAUGGCAAGA